GACACGACUACUAAAACCUAAACGGCUGGCGCAGCCGCCGGCGGGGGAUCAGGGGGGGACAUGGCGGAGGAGCACCACGGCGGCGCCGCCCCGGGCAUCAGCGUGGAGGCCGAGUCCUCCUCCGAGCAGCACGUCUCCUCGUCCCGGGGCGCCAUGUCGCGCGAGGACUGCGUCGAGGGCAUCCGCUCCGCGCUCAAACAUCCGACGGUGCGGUUCCUGAGGGAGCAGAUGGAGAAGGCCGGCUGCCAGGUCUGGCCGAGGCUCAUCCAGGCGGCCACCUGCUCCGCCGCCGGCGGCUACGCCAGGCGGGAAGGGAUAAAAGUGUGCUGCAAUCACAUGACACUUCAAGAUGAGAUAAAUCAGGUCAUUAUUCAUGAACUGAUUCGUGCUUAUGAUGACUGUGUUACCAAGAAUAUGGACUGGAGGAAUUGCGCUCACCAUGCUUGCUCUGAGAUUCGAGCCAAUCACCUUAGUGGUGAUUGCCAUUACAAACGUGAAUUGUUGCGUGGUUUCAUGAAGAUAAGGGGUCAUGAGCAAGAUUGUGUCAAAAGGCGGGCUCUGAUGUCUGUCAAGAAUAACCCAUACUGCUCGGAGGCCGCUUCAAAAGACGCCAUUGAAGCUGUAUGGAAUAUAUGCUACAAUGACACACGGCCAUUCGAUAGAGCUCCAUAAAUUCUUUUCACAAUUGAGAAUUUGAGAUACAAGGGCUACAUCUGUGCAUACCUACUGGAUUUUUUUUUCAUUCCCUUGAGAAAAUUGUAUUUCAGCAAAAUGCGACGGCAAAAUCCACGGAUGAGUCUGAAGAUUGUGGUGAAUUAGUUUGUGUAAUUCGUUUCUUUUGCGCUGACAUGCUGUGACAAAGUUUAAUAAGUUGAACUGAAAAUUUUGUCUGUGGAAAGUACUCUUCAGGAGGAAAAUGUCUUUGAA